AUGGGUGUUGGGUUGCAGGAGCGAGGACGUCUGACUGUUGCAGACCGCCGUCUCGGAGAACUGGUACGCUUAGGCCUCACACCCACCAAUGGCCAAUGUUCACCUGCUUGCUCGUCUGACACAGAAGAGAGUGGUGCUCCAGAGCUAGUUGAACGUCUUGCUAGAUUGCAGUUUCUUGACAGGUCACAGGAAGAUUUAGACAGAAUACAUCAGGUUACUUCAGCAACCCCACUUGGCUGCAAUGAUGGUACCCUUGGCCGCAAAACCUCUGCAACACUCAUGGAGAUUGAGCGUAACCGUCAAAUCCUGCUGGCAAAACAAGGAACAAUGGUCAUAGAGAAUGAACGCCGGCGAGUUGAAGAACUUAAGCGGAGAGUUGCAGAUGAAGUGAAGGCACAGUGGGAGGAAAAAAAAGCAAAAGAGCAAAGAGAUAUAAAUUGCGCUUCUCUGAACAGUGUUGGCUCUGAAGACUCAUCUCUAACAUCCUCUGAUCUUCAUACAGAGAGAAGGCUCUGCUAG